UUGUUUGUUUACAUUUUUGUCUUCGGAGCGGCUUGUAACAUUUGUUUUUAUGAAACUUAUUUAGAAAAAGUAUCUUAUAAGAAAAUAAAUUAUUAUUAUUUUUGUAACAUAUUUUAUUGAAAUAGCAGCAUGUUGAAAACAUUAACAGCAAGUGCUCGAAUGCUGUCAAGGUUAGCAUCAUCUCCUCAAUUUUCAAAAAAUUCAAGAUUUUUUCAUAGGAGUGUAAAAUGUCAAAUGCCUUUAGUGCCAAUAGUUAUUGAACAGACUGGAAGAGGUGAAAGGGCUUAUGACAUAUAUUCAAGACUUCUCAAGGAGAGGAUUAUUUGUGUGAUGGGGCCUAUUACAGAUGAAAUGUCUAGUUUAGUUGUUGCUCAACUUUUGUUUCUUCAAUCUGAAAGUAGCAAGAAACCCAUCCAUAUGUAUAUUAAUUCUCCUGGUGGCUCUGUUACUGCUGGUAUGGGUAUCUAUGACACUAUGCAGUAUAUUUUACCACCUAUAGCAACAUGGUGUGUAGGACAAGCAUGCAGUAUGGCUAGCUUUUUACUUUGCGCUGGGGAAAGUGGUAUGAGGCAUUCACUUCCUAAUUCACGAAUCAUGAUUCAUCAACCAUCAGGCCAAGCUUCAGGUCAAGCUACUGAUAUUCUUAUACAAGCAGAUGAAAUAUCAUACCUUAAAAAACGAAUAAAUGCAUUAUAUUCUAAACAUACAAAACAGCCUAUUGAAGUCAUUGAACAAAAUAUGGAAAGAGAUCGAUAUAUGAAUCCUGAACAAGCUAUGGAAUUUGGUCUUAUUGAUAAAGUAUUAUCUCGGCCACCUGUAUCAGAGGAUGAAAAGAAGCCAACUUCCUGAAAUAAUUUAUAAUUUGUAAACAUUGUUCUAUUUUUGUAGUGGUAAGGAAAUUAAAUGGAAUUUAAAAAUCA